ACUAAUGGACUUUAGGCAGCAUGGUAUGGCAAGCGGGAUGGGUAUAAAGGUUCAUGGGGUCUCCCCAAUGUUGUGUUGAGGAUAUCAAGGCAUGCAAAACACCAAGCAAUUCUCACCAUCGUCGCUGGGUAUAUUAGUCCACUACCCAGUCACUCAUCACACUCUAUCUUGUCACACAUUUACUCUCACUCGAAAUAGCACUCACAAUGCCUACCAAAACAGCCACCCCUCAUGACAACGUCGACGACGUCGCCAUCAUCGGCGGCGGCAUCGCAGGCAUGGCCCUCGCCCUCGCCCUCAACGCGCACGCCAUCCCCGCCACAAUCUACGAGUCCCACGACGCGGUGCCGCUGCCCCCCCCCCCCCCCCCCCCCCCCCACCACCACGCGGGCGGCGGCAUGAUGCUCUGCCCCAACGCCCUGCGCAUCCUCGAAUCCCCGGGCGUCUACGAGCUGCUCUUCGACAAGGCGUACAGCUUCGACUACGUCUACUACAAGGACCGCGACGAAGUCACGGUCGACCGGUACGCUCUCGGCGGCAAGGCCGCGUUCGGGUACGAUGCCGUGCGGAUUUUCCGGCAGGAGUUGAUUGAGAUUCUCGCGGGGGCGUGUCGGGAGCGAGCGCGGGGUGGAGAGGCGGAGAGGCGGAGGGCUGGGGUACUUGUCGGCGCGGACGGGAUCCACUCGCGGGUGCGGAGCACUUACGUCGCGCCGGAGGCGAAGCCGGCGUUUGUGGGGCUCGCGGCGCUGACGUACGCGGUGCCGACGGCGCAGCUGCGGGUGCCGGAGGAUAAAGACUACACGUUCCCCGUCAGCGUGGCGAGUGGCAACGGGGUGUUUGUGCUGGCGCCGCAGGGGCGUGACGGCGGGGAGAUGUUGGCGGGGACGCAGGUGCCGUUUGAUGCCGAAAAGGCGAGUCUGCCGCGGGAGGCGCUGAUGGCGGAUAAGGAGGCGCUCAAGGCGCGGUUGAGGUUGAAUGAGGAGGCGUGGCCUGGAUUGGUGCGGUCUGCGCUCGAGGGGAUCCGGGACGAGACGAUGAAUGUGUGGCCGUUUUUCAUGUUGCCUGCGCUGGAGAGGUGGGCUUCGCGGGAUGGCGGGGGAAGGGUUUUAGUGUUGGGGGAUGCGGCGCAUGCGAUUCCGCCUACGACGGGGCAGGGAGCUUCUAUGGCGUUGGAGGAUGCGGCUUCGCUUGCGCUGGUGAUUGGGUGGGAGGAAGGUGUGGAAUUCUGGCAGGGGAUUCGGAGGGAGAGGUUGGGGAGGUUGGUUGGGUUGACGAAGAUGUUGAACAAUAAGAGGCUUCCGAGCGAUGAGAUGGCAAAGUUGCCGAGAGAGGAGGUUUGGUUUGAGGAGGGGGAGGGGGAGGGGGAGGGGCAGAUGAGUUGGUUGUAUGUGCCCGAGAUUGAGAAGCGGGUUGAAGAGUGGGUGGAGAGGAAGUUGCAGUGAUUUAUGAUGCUUUGAGUUGUGAGGUGUGUAAUAUCUCGGAAGAGACAUAUAUAGGCCAAUGGUUAAAUUGGAGUUCACGGGUUCACAAUGCUGAGUUCCUCACACAUCAUGAGCAUUAACAGCGUUACAAUAAUUGAACCGCAAGACCAUGACAUCUGC